AAACCUGUGCCUUCCUUGCUCACGUGUCUGUGGCAACCACACGUCUUCGCAGUUCUCUGAAAUUGUUUCAACAAAAGGAGACAAUGGACUUCUUUUUAAAGGGAAUGAAUGGCUAUGGAUCUGAGUGCCCCUUUGAUGUGAAAGACAUCCAACGGUGUCCGUUUUUGAGAAACAUCAACGAGCCUACAAGUUUCUCUUUCUCUUCUGCAAAAAUCCCCAUUCCUGUGCACGGAGGCAAGGGUCCUAUAUUUGAAGAUGGUCCCAGUUUUGACAUGGCAUUUAAGCUAUUUCAUGGGAAAGAUGGAGUCAUUCCCCUCUUUGAGAGAUCUGACAUGCACAAUGGCUGUGCAGAAGAUGAUUCUCUGCCUGUUUUCAACCCUUUAGCAGGAAAAGCUGCCACCAUAAGUCUUUCAUCCUUUGGACUAGGUGGCCCAUUCAGUUUUGGGAAUUUUUCUGAGAAAUGGAAGAAGCAGAAGUCCGAAUCAUCAAAUAAAAAGGAACACUCAUCUCGGAAAGGAGAUGUCUUAAAGCACGAGGCACUUGGAAAUGAAUGGUUGGCAAAAGGAAAUUGCCCAAUUGCCAAGUCUUAUAGAGCCGUAAGCAAUGUUCUCCCCCUUGUUGCAACAGUUUUUCGGCCACCAACUGGAAUGAAACUCAGAUGUCCGCCUGCAAUUGUUGCUGCAAGGGCUGCCCUUGCCCGUACAGCCUUUGUUAAAAACUUGCGCCCGCAACCUCUUCCUGCAAAAAUGCUCGUUAUUGCAGCGUUGGGCAUGGCAGUUAAUGUGCCCUUCGGCAUGUGGAAGGAGCAUACCAAGAAAUUCUCGCUGUCUUGGUUUGCAGCUGUGCAUGCUGCUGUUCCAUUUAUAGCCAUGCUUCGGAAGUCAGUAGUAAUGCCUAAAUCAGCAAUGGCAUUGACCAUUGCAGCUUCUAUCCUCGGGCAGGUUAUUGGCUCAAGAGCUGAGCGUAUCCGGCUGAAAGCAAUAGCUGAGAUGGGAAAAGUGACAACAGAGACAGCAAGCAGCAUGGAAGGCUAUAAUCCCAGGCAGCUUGGCGAUAUUAAGGUGAGUCACUGCGGUGCUGAAGGGAUGGUUCUCAAUUCACUUCCUGUGAAGAAUGCUAGUUCAACUUCAUCUGCCAACGUGUGUUAUUGACCUAUAAAGAUGGAAAAUAAAUCAGUUCAAGUUUGAUUUUGAACAAUAUUGGUGAACUGAAAUGGUAAUAAAAUGGAUUAAUAUAAAUAAAAGCUUUAUGAACUAUAUGUACAAAAACUAAUACAUGCAGCUGCUUUGCCUGCAGAAAAGUACCUGGACGAUUGAUCACUGACUCUGAUAAAUUUCAGUUCGUCUUAAAUUAUCCAUAUUUUAAGAGAAGUCAUUGAAGUA